AUGUUGAACAUUUGGGAACCAGUUCCGCCUAUGGAAUCGAUUCCUACGAUUCCAGAAAUGUUAAAAUCAGUAAAUCUUAUACAAGCAAGUGAAUGGCUCAUUCAAAACAUCGAGAAAUACCCUCAAUGUGCCGGUUUUCUUGGUAUUGGAAUAUCAGUUGCUUUACUCAUCGACACUUACUCGAACAACGAUGCAGUGAAGGCACUACAAAAAGAAUAUGAAGAUCUGAGCAAUACAGAUCCCAAAAUAUUCGCAGCUGAAGAAUAUUAUCUUCAGAAUAUCUUCAAACGAACGAACGAAAUACGAAACAACGUUGUUAAUUUUAAAAAAUGGCAAAGAAUACGGACAAUAGUCAAGACAAUUUUCUCCACUGUCUUUGGUUGGAUUGGAUAUUCAGCUAUAGAUACAACAGUCAAAACAGCCGCAUUUAUAUCAAGUGGCAUUGCUGGAACCAGUGCAGCGUUCGAUGCUUACAAUUGGCAUGCACUACACAAGUUGGUCGAACAUUUAGAUAGGACUGGUUAUAUAGCUAUAUCAAAUAUUUGUCUUUUUAUUGGUAGUAUGAGCAAAGAAUGA